UUAAUUUAUAUUAUGAGUCUUAAAACAUUUGUAAACAAAUCCGUCCCGACUUUGUACAUGACUGAAUUAUCCCCACCGGUUAGGUCAGUUUUAAUGACGGCUUAUAUACUCGGUCUUCCAUUGUACAAAAAAGAAAUUAAUUUGAUCUCUGGUGAGCAACGAACGCAAGAAUAUUUACGGGCAAGUUUUAACGAUAAUUUGAAGACCUUUAUGAAUCCACAAGGAACAGUACCGUUAUUACAAGACAAGGAUUACUGUCUAUGGGAUAGUCACGCGAUAUCGGGAUAUUUGGUACACGAGUACGGAAAAUCCGACAUGCUUUAUCCAAAAGAUUCGAGAAAACGUGCUCUAGUUGAUCAAAGAUUGCACUUCGAUACGGGAACCCUUUAUCCAGAAUUUCGUAACAUUGUGGUAAAUUAUCGACAUUUUAUUGUCGUUCAUUUUAAUCAUAAAUAUUUGAUUAUUGACAAAGAAUAUUUAAAGUGUAAAACGAGAUUUGAUUUAUUAUCUUUUUAUCCAGUUAUAGGCGGUGAGAAGAUCGUUACGAAGGAAAAAAUAAUUCGAUUGGAGAACGUUUACAAAAUACUUGAUUCGAUUUUGGCGAAUGCUAAAACGAAAUGGCUAGUUGGAGACACGAUUACUAUAGCUGAUCUUUGUAACGUUGCUACCCUUUCCACUUUGGAAUUUAUUUUAUUUAUUUCAUUGUUUUUUUUUCUACUUCACGAAGAUAAUAUUUACUUUAGCCAAAUUUUAGAACAUUGCGAUGCACUUUUCACUUGUGAAAAUAACUUUUGGUAUAUUAUCUUUUAUUUAUUUGUUCUCUUUUUUAUGGAAAUUCAUGGUGUUAUGGUUUACGCAUUAAAGUUGUUCGUGCCACCGACGGGAGAAUAUCCCAAUUUGGAAAAUUGGUUAAGGACGUGCAAGAACGAGAUACCUGGUUACGAGGAAGUGAAUCAACGUGGUCUCGACAAGCUCGUGGAUUACGUGAAGAUUCUUUUAAGAAAAUAA